AUGUUUUUUCGGAUUUUUAUCUUCACUGGGAUAUUCGACAUUAUGACAGUUGUAGCAGAGGAAUGGAUAAGGGCGGAUCUCAAGCUCGGAUUCGGACAUGGUUUUGAACCCGUCAUUCGUGUCAUGAUGGCGUUGACCGGAACGAAUACCUUAAUUCAUAUGUUCGGCGCACUUCUGAUGACGUUAAAUCGAUAUACGGCCACAUGUAAGCCGCAAUUUCAACAAGAGGCAAUGAAAAAAGUGAGUGUUAAGAAAAGCGAAAAAAAAAAGAAAAUAUGGCGGAUAAAAUUCUUUCCUUUCCAACUAUAUAACGAGUUCCUCGUCGUCCAAUCUCUUCAGUUCUGGGCGGAAAAGAAGACAAAUUGCAUACUAUUUGCUAUUUUUAUCGUAUCAUAUGUUGCCUACACAGAACUAUUUAUAGUAAAGUUUAUUUACAAGCCAACAGCGGAAGGAUGGAAGCUGAUUGGAAGAGAACGUGAGACAUAUGCCACCAGGAUGAUGGGAGCGAUUGUAGUCUCCCUUGUCGAGACUGUAAAUGUUAUUUUUAUUAUCAUCACUGUCUUUUGUAUACGAUCGCAAAGUAAAAGAUAUCAUCGACGGAGCCGUUCUGAAAUGCAUCUUAUUAUGGUAACUAUUAUAAGUUGUCCAGCGAAUCUAAUGGAAGCACUUUAUGAUGCCUCAUUUAUUUUGAAUCUCGACAACUCAUUCGUAAAUUGGUUUCGUUCUCAAUUCGACAUCUACUACUUUUUUAUGAUGACGGUGAAUGCUUAUAGUAUCGUUAUUUUAAGUCAACAAUUACGGCUUGAAAUAUGGAAGAGAUGGAAGUGUGGUGAAAAGAAAUCCAUAAAUUCCGGUAAAAAUACGGGAAAUAUAUUCGCUAUCCAAUCAUCACCAUCCAUAAUGAAUCCUGGCAUACCGUCAUCGCUAAGGUAG